AUGUUUCUGAUGAGUCCUCAGAGGAGCAACUUGCACCUGGAAAUCCGGUAUACCAAAGAUGAAGACGAUGAUCGCCUCUCAGACUUUCUCUUCUGGAUCCGCGGCGUAUACAACCGGCGUUGCGAAUCCGCUCGCAAGGCAGAGCUUGACCUGGCUGGGGAACGCGUGGAGAAUAUACCCGGCAUCAUUUACACCACAUCCCGUGAUGAAUGUGAGUCGCUCUCGGCAUCUCUGCGUGACGCAGGAAUCGGCGCUCGCCCGUUCCAUGCCAAGCUCGACAAAGACACGAAAGAGGAGACGCUUGCCAGGUGGAUCAAUAACGAAGAUGGCUAUGACAUUAUCGUUGCCACCACAGCAUUUGGAAUGGGCAUCGACAAGGAAAAUGUGCGCUUUGUGGUCCACUGGCGACUACCAAAGUCGUUUGAAGGAUAUUAUCAGGAGGCUGGCCGAGCCGGCCGUGAUGGUAAUGCGAGUUAUUGCUUCCUCUACUACAGCCGCGAGGACUUGGAGCGUGUCGACCGCAUGGUUAGUAGCGAUGCAAAGAACCCCAAUGCUCGCCGGCAAAGCCUCAAUGCGUUAGCGAGGUACUGCGAAAAUAUCUCCGAAUGCCGGCAUGCCGUCGUUUGUGCAUACUUUGGGGAGACCACCAAGCCGGAGUGCGAUUUCGCUUGCGAUUGGCACAAGGAUCCCGCGGACGUUCAGUCACGAUAUAUGCGAGGACUCGCGGACGCUGAAUUCGUGAGCACCCAGGCAAUGCAGGGAACGUACGACGUCUCAUACGAAAUGUUAAUGGACCCAUACUGCGAUGAUUAA